UCAUACAAUUGGAUAGGUAGCAAUUAGCAGCCUAUAAUUUUCUACCUGUUGGCAGCCACACCCUUCCAUCUAUUUAAACGACCUCUACUUUGCUUCUCUUUUCACCUUCACCCACUGUUAAAAAAAAAAGUUUAACCGCAGCAGCUGCAGCUAAGCUACUAGCCAUGACCAUGAGGACCAGCAGCCUCCUGCUCGCCGCCGUCGCCGUCGUCGCCAUCGUCGCCGGCGCCACGGCGGCCACCGUCGGGUCAUGGGAGCCGGUGGACAUCAACGACCCGCACGUCCAGGAGCUCGGCCGGUGGGCGGUGGCGGAGGAGGACAGGGGGGUGGCGGCGGGCGGGCUGACGUUCGAGAGGGUGACCGACGGCGAGAAGCAGGUGGUCGCCGGCGUGAACUACCGCCUCACCCUGGAGGCGUCGAGCAGCGGCGCCAAGGACGGCAGGUACGAGGCGGUGGUGUACGAGCAGGACCCGCGGAGCAACGCGCGCAAGCUCGUCUCCUUCGAGCCCAUCCACUGAUCGAUCGAGCAGCUAGCUCUGCGACGGCGAAACUCCGGCGAUCGAGAUUGCUUUGAUUAAUUACCAAAGUGUGGUGUUUAUGUUUUUAUUUAUUUACUCCUGCAUGCGUGGAUAGGCUUGGCCCAUCCAUGUAGCGUGAUUGCGUGAGAUACUGAGAUCAAUAAGAGGGGAGAUUUAUAUUUUCUUA